CCACUCACGUUUCCGGAGGGAGGAAGAGAAGAAGGGAGCACUUACCAAGCCAGAAGAGAUACCUCCGCAAAUAGGGGCAGAUCUACUUCCGGUCUCUUCCGCCGGUCGGAAGUGAGCGGAGCGGAGAGGGAAAACAGCGCUCCUUUCCGGUGUAGGGGUACAGUUGAAGUAGUUACCGACGAGGGAGGAGUUGUUCGUAAGCUUGCCCAUCAGAUCAGAUCGGGGGCCAGAAAGGUCCAGUCCUCUCUGUGUGGGCUCCCUCUGGUCACACAGCCCUGCAGCUGCCCCUUCCUUACCCCCCGGGAUGACGCGCCACGGCAAGAACUGCACGGCGGGGGCCGUCUACACCUACCAUGAGAAGAAGAAGGACACAGCGGCCUCAGGCUACGGCACCCAGAACAUUCGACUGAGCCGGGAUGCCGUCAAGGACUUCGAUUGCUGCUGCCUCUCUCUGCAGCCCUGCCACGACCCUGUUGUUACCCCCGAUGGCUACCUGUAUGAGCGGGAGGCAAUCCUAGAGUACAUUUUGCACCAGAAGAAGGAGAUCGCCCGGCAGAUGAAGGCCUACGAGAAGCAGCGGGGCGCCCGGCGCGAGGGGCAGCAGGAGCUGCAGCGGGCCGCCGCGCAGGACCAGGUGCGGGGCUUCCUGGAGAAGGAGGCGGCCAUCGUGAGCCGGCCCCUCAACCCCUUCACGCCCAAGGCCGCCUCCGGGAACUGCCCCGAUGAUGCCCGACCCGGGUCCAGCGCGGGCCCCACAGGCAAGGACAAGGACAAAGCGCUGCCCAGCUUCUGGAUCCCGUCGCUGACUCCCGAGGCCAAGGCCACCAAGCUGGAGAAGCCGUCGCGCAUCGUGACCUGCCCCAUGUCCGGGAAGCCGCUGCGCAUGUCCGACCUGACGCCCGUGCGCUUCACGCCGCUCGACAGCUCCGUGGACCGCGUGGGGCUCAUCACGCGCAGCGAGCGCUACGUGUGCGCCGUGACCCGCGACAGCCUGAGCAACGCCACGCCGUGCGCCGUCCUGCGGCCCUCUGGGGCCGUGGUCACCGUGGAGUGCGUGGAGAAGCUGAUUCGCAAGGACAUGGUGGACCCCGUGACCGGAGAGAAGCUCACGGACCGCGACAUCAUCGUGCUGCAGCGGGGCGGCACGGGCUUCGCGGGCUCCGGAGUGAAGCUGCAGGCCGAGAAGUCCCGGCCGGUGAUGCAGGCCUGAGCUCGCGGGAAACCAAAUAAAUGGGCUUGUUGAACGCGA